UGGUCCCGCCCCCUCCCAGCAUCACCCGCGGUUCCUGAGGGGACGGGGUGGGAUCGAGCCCAUGGCGGCAGCAGCGGCCUCCUGAGCCCGGCCCGGCGGCAGCACCAGCACUGGUCGCACCAUGCACAGCUUAGCCACGGCUGCGCCUGUGCCAACAGCACUGGCUCAGGUUGACCGCGAAAAGAUCUACCAGUGGAUCAAUGAGCUGUCCAGCCCGGAGACACGGGAGAAUGCGCUGCUGGAGCUGAGCAAGAAGCGCGAGUCUGUGCCUGACCUUGCCCCGAUGCUGUGGCAUUCGUUUGGCACAAUCGCAGCGCUCCUUCAGGAAAUUGUAAAUAUUUAUCCAUCAAUCAACCCUCCAACUUUGACAGCCCAUCAGUCCAACAGAGUCUGCAAUGCUUUAGCUCUACUACAGUGUGUUGCAUCACAUCCUGAGACAAGGUCAGCUUUUCUGGCAGCUCAUAUCCCUCUCUUCCUGUACCCCUUCUUGCACACAGUUAGCAAGACGCGUCCAUUCGAGUACCUGCGGCUCACAAGCCUUGGAGUGAUUGGGGCCUUGGUGAAAACUGAUGAGCAAGAAGUGAUAAAUUUCUUAUUGACGACAGAAAUUAUCCCUCUGUGCUUACGCAUUAUGGAGUCUGGCAGUGAACUCUCCAAAACGGUUGCUACGUUUAUUCUUCAGAAAAUCCUUCUGGAUGACACAGGGCUUGCAUAUAUCUGUCAGACUUACGAGAGGUUUUCCCAUGUUGCCAUGAUACUGGGUAAAAUGGUCCUGCAGCUCUCCAAGGAGCCAUCAGCACGCCUACUGAAGCACGUCGUCCGCUGCUACCUUCGCCUUUCCGAUAACCCCAGAUGUAGGGCACGUGAAGCUCUCAGGCAGUGCCUUCCUGACCAACUGAAAGACACCACCUUCGCCCAGGUCCUGAAGGAUGACACCACCACAAAGCGCUGGCUGGCUCAGCUUGUCAAGAACCUGCAAGAGGGUCAAGUCACUGACCCACGGGGCAUCCCUCUUCCUCCGCAAUGACUGCUGGGGGAGGUGGGGGACCAGGGAAGAAACAGCUCAGGUUUACAUAGAACCAGGAACAGGUGACCUCUUCUGCAACAUACUGGGUGUGCCAGCUGGCUGCCUGCCUGUCAGACCAUCCCACCCAGCCAAAGGGCUGCUCUGUAGCAGUGCAGCGUGCCUCCAGGGACCGCCACACCAGCAAAUGCUGAUUCUACAGCUUAAAAAAAAAAAACAACCCAAACCAAAAUAAAACCAAUAAAAACAAUCUGUAAAGAUCCCUGUCUCUCCAGAAGGCUUGGCUGGCAUCUCCCCCGCCCCACCAAGCAGGAGCUAGUGCUGAUGUCUUCCAGCUAGCUCAGCCUCUACCCAAGUGGUAUGUGACACAAGGUGUGCACACCACGUCCCCUCCAGUUCCUUGUCACUUCUUGUUUACAUGUCGGUUAGAUGAAUGAGCUAAAUAAAAGCCGAUCCAGUUGUUUUAUCCCCUGUUAAAACUGCUACUCAGCAGCAGGUAGCCUGGGGACAGUUUUUUCCCUGCUAGCACAUCCUUGCUUCUAGCUUUGCAUUUGGAUGGUGUAUCAAGCUUCUCCCUUUGCUUUGGUAUGGAGGCUGGGGCUGGAGCUGUGCCACACAGGUUCUUGCCCCAAGAGGGGGAGUGGAUUACUGGAGAUUAAUCCACACGUCAUAAAUUUGCUUCCCAGGGCUCUGGGGGAGGAGAAGACAGCAGGACUGUGGCUCUUGUGCUGUAAAUAGUGCACUCCUGCAGCUAACCUGCAGCCCGGGGCUGAUUGUGUGCUGGCCUCCCAUCCAGCGCAGCUCUAGCCCAGCUGGUCAAUUGGAGCGUUAGGGGGACCUGCCCUGUAGUGCUGGGCAGGUCACCGGCCGACGGUCCCCUGCAGGCUCCAGGUAUGCUGGCUUCUCUGCCUGCUGCUGCCUGCCAGGCGCCUCUCAGUCCUGGCCCCCCUCCCUUACCCCCCUCCUCCAGCUCAUCUCUGCCAGCCCAGUGCAUCCAUUUCAGCUUUCAAACCUGCCUUGGCGUCUGCCUCAGCCACACCGCAAUUAAAUUGGACCGGCAGCCGCUUACCUGCCUUCCCUGCGCCGAGGCGUUAGUGCGGCUGCCGGGGGGGUGCUCGGAAACCUCCCAGGAGCUCCCGGGCUCUGCUGCAGUGGAGCCUGCACUGCCUGCUCUUGGCUGCAGGCAAGCCUGAGCAGCUACUCGAUUUCAAACCCCUCCUCGAGUAGACCAUUAUGCUGAUCAUCUGCAGUGUUGUGCCAACAGUG